AAGACUCAGACAGUCUGUUUUUACCAGGAAAAGAAUUCAGGAAGAUAGGAGGUUAAGGAUGUACGGCAGAGAGAUAGAGAGGGUAGGAUCCUUUAAAUUCUUAGGCGUGACAUUUGACUCGAGGUUGACAUUUGCAGAACAAAUAAAGAAAAUUGAGGACAAGUGUAAAAAGGUAAUUAAUGUGAUGAGAUGUUUGACAGGAAGAGAGUGGGGAGCCAGUCGUUCAUCUCUUAAAAGGAUUUAUGUGGCCUUGAUAAGAUCGGUGUUGGAUUAUGGUAGUAUAGUGGUUGGGUCUGCAGCUAAGUCUCUUUUAAAGAGGUUAGAGGUUAUUCAGACUCAAGCACUAAGAAUUUGCUGUGGUGCUUUUAAGACUUCUUCAGUACCUGCUAUACAAGUGGAAAUGGGCGAAAUGCCACUGGAAUUAAGAAGGAUUCAACUGAUGGCUAAUUAUUGGGCAGGACUGCAGGGAUAUGAUGACACUCAUCCCACAAAAGCAGUACUGCAGGAUUGCUGGGAAAAUGGAAGAAAUUUAAAGGAAAACUUUGGUCGGAUUGGAAACAACGUAGCAAAAGAGUUAGAAGUGUUUAACUUGCGAAUAAGCCCUACGGUAGUUUUUCCAGAGAUUGCCCCUUGGAAGAUUGCUUGGCCUGAGGUAGACUGGUUUGUGCUUAAGGAGAAAAAGAAAGCAAAGGAAGAAAUUAAUUUGAAAAAUGUAUUUAACAAUCGAGGAGUUUUAGCGAGUUUAAGGUCAUUCCAUUCAAAAGCUCGGCAAGAUAUCCUGUAA